AUGCCAAAACGCUGUAUCACUAAAUGGAUAUUUCUCGCCGUCCUUGUGGGUGGAUUGUUCCAUACAACACGUUCAAUAGAAGUAAUGCCUUGUGAAAAAUUUAACAAAAAUUGUGUAUUAGUCACAGAAUGCGUUUCAGCUUUAGAUUUAGUGAAGGCAAGAGCAGCUGAGGCUUUAAGGAAAAUGUUUUGUGGAUUCGACCAGAGAGGCCCCAGGGUGUGUUGUCCAAUAGAUAGUCCAAUAGUAUUUGUUAAUGACACAGAUACAGCGACCAGUAGAUCAAAAACCACCACAGUAUCUGCUAAAAUUGAUAAUAUAACUCAGGACGACUUACCCAGUAGAAUAGUAUGCGGCAUAAGUCCAUCUAAUCAAGACCGUAUCGUCGGAGGCUUCAUCGCAUCACUCGAAGAAUUUCCGUGGUUAGUUCGGAUUAAAAGUAAAAGGACUACAAAUAAUAGAGAGGGACGUGAGCUUUACAACUGCGCCGGGAGUCUGAUAUCAGAUCGUUACGUGCUAACAGCUGCCCACUGCCUUGCAAACAGAGAUGUAAUAAGCGUGCGUUUGGGCGAAUGGGACACUGAAACUUUGCAGGAUUGCCAAGGGGGCAUAUGCAGUGAUCCUCCGGUCGAUAUAAACGUAACCAAAGUUAUUAUACAUUCGUCAUACAACGAAACUCUUCUCCUUAACGAUAUUGGCCUCUUACAGCUGGAAGAAGCUGCGAAUUUUACAGAUUUCAUUCGUCCAAUAUGCUUACCGAUAACGCAGUACUCGAAGAAUCAAGACUAUGUCGCAGGAACAACGUUUUGGACCGCUGGAUGGGGUCUUACAGAAUUCGAAACACCAUCGAUAAUAAAAAGAAAAGUUAACUUGAAUACAGUUCCUUUGGAAGAUUGCCGUAAUGCAGUGCCCCAAGUGAAGAAGAUGAAUACGAAGAAUAUAAUAUGCGCGGGGGGCACAAUUGGAAAAGAUAGCUGUAAUGGAGAUUCAGGCGGACCUCUGGUCAAGGAGAUAGUAGAAGACGGUUACAUAAACUGGUACCUUUACGGUAUUACGAGUUUCGGGGCCAGGAAAUGCGGUGCUUCUGAAAUCCCAUCAGUUUAUACAAGGGUUGUAUCUUAUAUGGACUGGAUAAAAGACAAUAUUGUUUCU